UGUUACUGAAUUAAAGGAGAAAGAUUAGAUUAUUUUGGUUUGUUAUUGAUUGUGAGUGAAUUUACUGAGUGUUUUGGUUUUGUAUGUAAGGUAGUUUACUGGUUCCAAAAGUUUACAGGAAAACCUGUUGCUACUGGUCUUGUAAUGUAUUUGACUAUUGUUUCAAUGAAUUUGUUCAGUUUUGAGCUUUUGUUGAUUGAGAAAAAUAAACAAAAAGACAAUCUUUUUAAGGGCUUAAUGAGACAGAACUAAAUGCCAUGGGACAUGAGUUCAUCCAACCAGAAAAACACCAGUUAUACAAUUUGCAUGUCUAUUCUGUCUAUCUGGCAAUUGGUUAAAUACUUAAAUCUGCUUGACAAGAUCAAUAAAUUGCUGAAACCGAUAUGCAUUUCAUAUAAUCGCAUGAGGUUGAUUCUACUGUUCUUCCGGGAGGACCCUAUGGUUGUUCUAGGGCAUCAAGUUAGUGAUCUAGUUGUAAUUACCGGUUUCGUGGUGGUUUCCGUGAUUGCUGUUUGGUUCACGGGAAUUUUAAACAAGUUGAUGAUUGGUUUAGGGAUUGGAGUUUUGGUUUCAGUGAUUCAUGGAGGUUUGAGGAAUCCAGAAGGUUUGUUUGUGGACGAAGAUGAUACCGUUUCUACUGGCUUGAUUUCAAAUGGUGAAAGAGGAUAGGCAAAUUUCACUUACUUGUCAAGAUUAUUUUGAUUUUUUUUUUUUUUUGGUUUGUUUUUUGUUGAUUCUGUAAGGUUGACGUUUGACCUGAGAGUUGUGUUCAUAA